AAAAUGAUGAUGAAGAUGAAUUCGAAUACUAUUGAUGAUUGUCAAUUGUCAUCGACAUCCUUAAUAAAAGAAAACGAUGAAGAACAGCAGCAAUUUUUUCUUUGUAAAACACUCUACAGGUGGCUCGGUGAUGAUCAACCAUUAUGUGGUGAUGAUCAUGAUAAUGAUACCAUCACUAUUAAAUCAACAUCAAAUAAUCGUACAUUGUAUAAAUUUGAAUAUCAUAUUAUUUUCAAUGUUAAUUAUCAAGCACCUGUUCUAUAUUUUUACAUCUGUGAUCAAGAUGGCAGAUCAGUUUCAUUAGAAUGGUUAUGGAAUCGUUUACCAAAUUUUCAUUCAAAAAAUCAACAAAAAAACAACAUUAACAUUGAUGAAAUUUAUCAAUCAUUUGGCCGUAUAAUAACACAAACGAAUCAUCCAAUAUUUGGUCAUAUUGUAUUCAUGAUACAUCCAUGUCAAACAACAACAUUGAUGGGACAAGUACUUUCAUGUAAACAUUGUUGUUUGAAUCAACAUGAUUCACAAUCGAUUUUCGAUGAUGAUAAUUGUCAACAACAGUCAUCAUCAUCACCAACAACAAAUGAAGAUCAACAUUGUACAUAUUUAAUCACAUGGCUUAGUUCAUUAGCAUCAUAUAUUGGUUUACCAAUGUCAUUAAACUAUGAGAAAGAAAGACCAGGUAAUCCACAUAAGUGUGUGUUAUCGAUUUGUUUGUUAAAAUAACAUCCUAAUCACACAAAUUGUUUGAUUG